GGGGCACUGUCGCCCCGGCUGCUCACCUCCACCGCCGCCGCUGCGCCACUGAAGAAGCACUUCCGCUGCUGCACGUCUGUGACCAUGGCGGCCGCCUUGAGGGGAAGCUUGGUAACAUUGGUCAAGGGCCUGAGUGGCCCCCGGGUGCAGCUGCUGGCCACUCGUCCACUGAGUCUGUCUGUGGGUCUCUGUGGUCCAGAGGCCCCGCCGGCCCGUGCAGAUGCCACCUUCAAGGUCACAAUGGUCCCGGGGGAUGGAGUGGGACCCGAGCUGAUGACUGCCGUCAAGGAUGUCUUCAAGGCGGGAGAUGUCCCUGUAGAAUUUGAGGAGUUCCACCUGAGUGAGGUCCAGAACAUGGCCAGUGAGGAGAAACUGGAACAGGUGUUGACUUCUAUGAAGACCAACAAAGUGGCCAUGAAAGGAAAGAUUCACACGCCCAUGGAGUUCAAAGGGGAACUGGCUUCAUAUGAGAUGAGACUGAGGCGCAAACUGGACCUGUUUGCUAAUGUGGUUCAUGUGAACAGCCUGCCGGGCUACAGCACUCGCCACAACAAUCUGGACCUGGUCAUCAUCCGCGAACAGACCGAGGGGGAGUACAGUUCCCUGGAGCAUGAGAGUGUGACGGGUGUGAUCGAAUGUUUGAAGAUCAUCACCCGAGUGAAGUCACGGCGCAUCGCCAAGUUCGCCUUUGAUUAUGCCACCAAGAAGGGACGAAGCAAGGUCACCGCUGUCCACAAAGCCAACAUCAUGAAAUUAGGUGAUGGCCUGUUUCUGCAGUGCUGUGCGGAGGUGGCACAGCUGUACCCCAAAAUCAAAUACGAGACCAUAAUCAUUGAUAACUGUUGCAUGCAGUUGGUCCAGAACCCGUACCAGUUCGAUGUGCUGGUGAUGCCAAACCUGUACGGUAACAUAAUUGAUAACCUGGCAGCAGGGCUGGUUGGAGGAGCAGGAGUUGUUCCUGGGGAAAGCUACAGUGCAGAGUAUGCUGUGUUCGAGACUGGCGCACGCCACCCCUUUGCACAAGCCGUUGGAAGGAAUAUUGCCAACCCCACCGCCAUGCUGCUCAGUGCUGCUAACAUGCUGAGGCACCUCAACCUGGAAUAUCACUCCCAAAUGGUGUCAGAUGCUGUCAAGAAGGUCAUCAAACAGGGAAAGGUGCGGACACGAGACCUUGGCGGGUAUUCUACCACUGGCGACUUUGUGCGUGCUGUUGUGGAAAACCUGCGUCACCGACCGGUUUACUAAGAUGUUUCGUCACACUCCUCACUGACAUUUCCUUAAAUCUGGACGUUGUCUUAACAUUAACAGGGCUCGUGUUAAGACUCGUCUCGCCUCUCGCUGCCAAAUGACAGUUGUGCCGCACAGUUUAGUUUUUUUAAAUUUUUAUUUCACUGCUUCUCAGUCAUUCUGGAAGACCUUUUUGUCCACCUAUUCUAUGUACUUUUGCUUAACUAUCUAAAUGUUCAGUCCUGUCGGCAAUAUUGACUAUCUCUCUGCUGUCACACAUUAUUAAAAAAUAUUACUGUGGAAAACCCCACACUGUGUUUGUCAACAGUUUAUACAGUACGUCAUCAAAAUUCAACACCAACUGACUUCAGUUUUCUUUGUCGGAUUUCCUCAUUAAUCAUGACUUAUAUUUGGUCUGAAUGUGUCUGUAAUUCAAUAGAUCGUAUGAGGACACUGCUACGUCAUGAAACACUAAUACCAUAGAGUAUGUGACGUACAUGUUUCUUAUGGUUUUUAUUAAAACCCUGUUUUGCCUUUG